AUGGAGAAGACACUGUUAUUGGCGUACUCUCAACAAGUGUUAUUACUUCGCAAAGAGAGUAGUGCCAUAGGAAGUGAUGAUAUCAUAGCAGGGAACGUGAGCAAGUAUGCUGUUCUCCCAGCUGGUUAUUGUGGACAGCUCAAAAAAGGACAUCUUAUAUUUGAUGCCUGUUUUGAAAGUGGUAACCUUGGACGGGUGGACCACAUCACGGAGUUUGAGUAUGACCUCUUCAUUAGACCAGAUACCUGUAACCCACGCUUUCGAGUUUGGUUCAACUUCACUGUUGAAAACGUAAAAGAAUCACAGAGAGUAAUUUUCAAUGUCGUCAACUUCAGUAAAACAAAAAGCCUCUAUAGAGAUGGGAUGGCUCCAAUGGUGAAAUCCACAAGCAGACCGAAAUGGCAAAGAAUACCCUCUAAAAAUGUGUAUUACUACCGCUGCCCAGACCACAGGAAGAAUUAUGUCAUGUCAUUUGCUUUUUGCUUUGACCGGGAGGAUGACACUUACCAAUUUGCUUACUGCUACCCCUACACCUAUACUCGCCUUCAGCACUAUCUUGACAACCUGCAAAGGAGGAACAUGGACUAUUUUUGCAGAGAGUUGCUGGGACUCAGUGUGCAGAAACGGCAGCUUGACCUCCUGACAAUAACCAGCCCUGCGAACCUCAGUCCAGGGGCUGAACAGAAAGUGGUGUUCAUCACGGCACGAGUCCACCCUGGGGAAACACCAUCUUCCUUCGUGUGCCAAGGUAUAAUUGAUUUCCUUGUGAGCCAGCAUCCUAUUGCGAAAGUACUGAGAGAUCAUCUGGUCUUCAAGAUUGCACCCAUGCUCAAUCCUGAUGGAGUAUACCUAGGAAAUUACAGGUGCUCCCUGAUGGGGUUUGAUCUAAACCGGCACUGGGCAAAUCCAUCUCCCUGGGCUCAUCCCACACUGCACGGAGUGAAACAGCUCAUCAUUGAGAUGUACAACAAUCCGAAGAUUAACCUGGAGUUCUAUAUUGACAUCCAUGCCCACUCCACCAUGAUGAAUGGCUUCAUGUAUGGGAACAUCUUUGAAGACGAGGAAAGAUUUCAGCGGCAGGCUGUUUUUCCCAAGCUACUCUGUCAGAAUGCUGAAGACUUCUCUUAUUCCAGUACAUCGUUCAACAGAGACGCUGUGAAAGCAGGGACAGGACGGCGCUUUCUUGGUGGGCUGUUAAAUGAUACAUCCUACUGCUACACUCUGGAAGUCUCAUUCUACAGCUACGUAUUGGAUGGACCUACUACUGCUGUCCCCUACACAGAAGAAGCAUAUAUGAAGCUUGGAAGAAACGUGGCCAGGACAUUCUUGGAUUACUACAGGCUGAACUCCUUGGUGGAGAGACCACUAACACCUACUCCUAAAAAUCGGAAGGAAAAACUGCCGCAUUUUAAAUGCACAACCCAGCAGGGCCAAGGGAACAGCCGUGCCAGUGGCAAGCCAGAGAAGAGGAGCCAGGUGCAUCUGAAGGACCAGUCUCUCUCCACACGAUGA